AUGCCGGACCAACAAAUGCAGAUUGGCGUUGUGUUUCCCCAGACUGAGAUAGGAGCCGACCCAAUUGCCGUACGGGAUUACGUGCAGGCGGCCGAGCAACUUGGAUUCGCUCACAUCAUUGCCUAUGACCAUGUUCUGGGAGCCGAUACCGCUUACCAUCAGCCGUGGGCGGGCAGCUACACGAAAGACAGCAUGUUUCACGAAAUCUUCGUUGCUUUCGGAUACAUGGCUGCACUCACCACCAAAGUAGAGCUCGUUUCGGCGAUCCUUAUCCUGGGCCAAAGGCAAACCGCUCUCGUCGCCAAGCAGGCUGCCGAGGUCGAUAUAUUGAGCGGAGGGCGAUUAAGGUUGGGCAUCGGCGUAGGUUGGAACCACGUUGAGUACGAGGCGUUGGGCGAAGAUUUUUCGACGCGAGGACGGAGAGCCGAGGAACAGAUUGAAUUGCUGCGUCGGCUCUGGACCGAAGAAGUCGUCGAUUAUCACGGCAAAUACCACAACAUUACUAACGCCGGGAUCAACCCCCCUCCCGUGCAACGGCCAAUCCCAAUCUGGAUGGGAGCUGGCAGCCGUGGGCGCGGACCGAUCCCGCCCGACCGUGUGCUCAGCAGAGUGGGACGGCUUGGCUACGCCGACGUAUCAGCCCGUCAACCAGUGCUCGCCGACACCACUUUUCAGAUCGGCAGCAUUGGCAAGUCCAUGACUUCCCUCGCAUUGAUGCAACACGUUGAAUCCGGCCGCCUCGACCUGAACGCGCCGUUGAGUACGCAUCUUCCCUGGUUCGCGUUCCCCUCCAACUUCGGUCCCGUAACACUCCGCCACGUGAUGAGUCACACGGCCGGGUUACCCUCAGGGACAGAUUUCACCCCAGCGUCCCGCUAUGAAGGUUACGCGCUGCGCUACACGCAGGCCGCAUGGGAGCCCGGUGAUCGGUUCCAUUACUCCAACACUGGCUACAAGCUAUUGGGAUGGUUGUUGGAGGACUUGGAGAACGCUCCGUAUGCAACCGUCCUGCGCCGCCGUGUGCUGGAACCGGUGGGCAUGACCAAAACCGACCCUGUUGCCGCUCAUGCCAAUCGCCACCGCUUGGCCACCGGGUACGUGCCGCUCCAUGACGAUCGCCCGUAUCGCAUUGGUGACACACUGAUCCCAGCGACAUGGAUGGAAUAUAACGCCGGCGACGGCAGUCCGGCAGCCACGAUUGAAGAUAUGGCAAGCUAUGCCCGGCUUUGGCUUAACGGUGGUCGCGUGGGGCAAAGGGCGCUGGUUUCUGCCACAUCAUUUCAACAAAUGACCUCGCCUGUUAUCGCCAUGAAUCGGGGCGAGCAAUAUGAGCACGACUACGGUUACGGGUUCGGAAUCAUUUCACACCAGGUUGACGGCCACCGAUUUAUUGGCCACGGAGGAAGCACGGUAGGAUUUCGGGCCAUUAUGUUGGUGGACCAAACCGAUUCGCUGGCGGUCGCGUUGUUGUGCACCGGCUCGGACGUGGACACAUAUACACCAGCGCACUACGCGCUACAGGUAGCGGCCGCACUUCGCGACGGGUUGCCGAUGCCCUCACCGCCCGGCGCUCCCAACCGCGAAGAGGUUCCCAACGCUAAUCGGUAUGCCGGCGAUUUCAUCAAUGAGGUUUCCGGGUCUCGGCUCAGCAUCAGGAACGAAGCCAACCGUUUGAUACUUGACGCACAUUCCCCGGAUCGGUCCCCGGUACUUGCCGGCGUCCGUUUGCAGCACAUCUCAGGCGAGACCAUUGUGGUACCCGCUGAUUCCUUCGACCCGUUCCCCCUCCGGUUCCGGUUCCAGGGUUCUGCUGGAUCUGCGUCUACGGCCGAUGAAGUUCACCAUGGUGGAGACGUAUACAUCAGGGCGGACGCAUCCCCAACCGUUGACGUUGUUCCGUAUCCCCGAACCUGGGAGGCCGUGCCUGGCCACUAUCGCAGCCACGCUCCGUACGUAUCCAAUUUCUGGAUCUACCUGCGCCGGGGACGGCUGUAUCUGGCGUGGCCGAACGGCGGCGAGGAAACAUUGACCGAAGAGACUUUGACCGGAAAAACGUACAGCCAACACGAGACCGGGUGGUUCGGCGUCGGCCCGGCUGGAGAACCCACGGCAGAACGGAUCAAAUUCGGACCUGUAGUGGCGGGCAAAGCGCUGCGGGCCAGGUGGACUGGCGGUGGGGAUUUCUACCGCGUGAGCUGA